AUGACAUCUUCAUUGAUAAAAUUGACUUUGACUGAAGCAGCUCAUAAACGGCGCACAUUUCGUGCUCUUGAACCUAAAAGCACUGUUCCUGAUAGCACAAUUGUCAAACUCGCAGAAGAUGCCAUUCUCACAGUUCCAUCGGCGUUCGACAGUCAAACUACCCGUUUGACGGUACUUUUCGGAGACGACCAUAAGAAACUAUGGUCGAUCACGGCAGAUGCAUUGCUUGCCAAGAUUGGCGAAGAAAGAUGGCUAGGUGGAACCAAGGAUCGGAUUGCAAAUUUCGCCAACGCUUACGGCACCAUUUUGUUCUGGGAUGACGAAGCACCCGCUUCGGCAAUGAACCAGAACGCCCCAGACAUCUACAAGGACAAGACGUACGAAUGGGUGCAUCAGAGCAACGGUAUGCAUCAAUUCUACUUGUGGACGGCGCUGGAAGCUCUGGGACUUGGUGCAAACUUGCAACACUACAACCCACUAAUCGAUGCACAUGUGCAAAAAACCUGGAACGUUCCUGAAACCUGGAAACUAAAAGCCCAAUUGGUGUUCGGCACCCCCAAGGAGGGCCCACCGCUACCUGCGAAGGCGCAGAAACUUCCUGUCGACGAAAGACUACAGGUUUUCGGGGCCAAGAUCUGA